AUGCUACCGCGAAGGAACUCAAACCACCAGCGACCGGUGCUCUCUCAGCAAUUAGACCUCACGGGACAGUCUGGCCUGCCGUCUGGUUUCAGGUUUCGUUCCCUACCAGUUGAGUUGAGAUUGCAGGUUUAUCGAGAAGCAUGGAAGUCUACCAUCAUCCUGGUGUCGUUCCACGGAUGUUGGCAGCCGCUUCAAGUUAUGAAAAGGGGCAAAAUGCCUGCCACCUUACAUCUAUGCUUGGAAGCAAGGCAAGAAACUCUGAAAUAUUAUCAUCUGUACAAAGCAUCAGCAGCAAAACUCGUUGCCCCGAAGAUUUCUUUUACUCAAUGUGGCUACAUUAACCCAAAUCUCGACAUCAUACAUCUCGACGUUCCCUUUGGAUCAGGCCCUGUGGAAGGGCACAUUCAGAUUGAAAGACUUAGUCCGGCUACCCUGAGAUUGACAUUGGGCCGUGCCCUAGUACCAAGUGCAGUACUGAAGUGGUUUGCUGAGAAACCCCAGCUGUUCGCGGGGCUUAAGACCAUUGAUUUCUGGGUCUGGACCCCGUCUCGAAUGUUUGAAAACGGAGUUACGGAACGAUACCGAAUCUGCCGUGUCCCGCCCUCAACACCACUUACUCCGGUGGUUCAUCGAAAAAACAUCGUUUACAAGCCAGCAGCAGUCGAUAGUCGCUUGUGCCCAAAUUCCCACUGUCAGACGCCAAUCUGGCACUGGAAAUACGACCCUGAAGCCAGCUAUUGUGUCGCCUCUACUGGCCCUUAUAUCAUCUCGCAGCGCCCCUUUGUUCGCGGAGAGGAAAUUAAGCUUCCUGAUCCAGACGGCUCUGCCAGGGUUGUGAUGCCCUCCAUCAGCUUUGAUUGGAAAGCCACCCGCGCCCGAGCUUUGUUGCGGGAGACAGACGUGCUCCUCUUUGACCCGGGCGAUGGGAUGAAGAGGCGUGAAUGGGUCAUUUGCAAGGUUGUUGAUCCAUCCGAAAUACCCAACAAACUCGUUAUACAGCUGGGCGCCCGAUACCUGCUAUAUUUGGACUGGGAUUUGGCCCACUACGCGACACUUCUUCAACAACGGGAGAUCACAGCCCUAAUGGAACAACAUCCUGAUACAAGUCAAUUUCUGACCGAGAUGCUUCCUAUGUUGGACCAUUUGAGCAUAACUAGGUACUCCAGGUCCCCGCCGCUUGGUCCAGAUUGGUAUUACACUAAGUACCGUGACUGGGAGGGUUGUAAAGAUGUUGCGCAUGGUGUCUGCGGUCCUGGGUGGUUGUAUGCGGCAGGCCAGAGCUUCCCUUUACAGGGUCUGCAUCAAAGCGGUGUGGAAGAGCUUUAUCCAAAAGCAAGGGAGAACAGGAUCCGCAAGGUGAUGAAAUCCCGGGAAGUUAUUGACAACGGAGGAAAGGGAUGCCAGAUUUGUCAAGGGUUUCUACCAAUUAACUCACCUGGAAGACCUUGUCAGAUGUGCUGGGAAAUUGUUCCAUCAGUGCGAAGCUGGGAAACUGAAUGGUCAACUUGGAAAUGGGCACCUUUGUGA